UACGAAAGCCUACAUCUAGAGAUCGAAAUGCAUGUGCGCGAAUAGUUCACGACACAUUUUCUUGUACCAUGAGACUUAUCGUGGUUUUUGGAUCAUUUCUGAUUCAUCAGAUCUAUAUUGAAGGAGCCUCUUGCUUUUUGACGUCGAAAAUAAAAGGCCAUGUUGAGGUAAUUCCUAAACGAGAACGCCAGUUUUCUAAUUUGUAUCAAUACUUGCCGAAGUUCAUCAACCCAGAGAAUCAUCUGAAAGAUGGCGUAACUAAAUACAAUAUACCAUUCGUAGCAGGCAAAGAGUUGCUUGUAAAAUGCGUGAAAGAUAGCAAAGAAGCCAAGGUGUUUAUAUACGGACCAGAAGGAUACCUAAUAGAUAUAUUUAAACCAAGAAAUACUGAAAAUGUUUGCAAUCAAGUGAAGGAAGACAUAAUUCGAUAUGAAGUGACUAGGCCUACGGUUGAUGUUUUGAAAUUCAAAAUCAAGUACAAGAUUGAGCGUUUAUACUUCUCGGGGAAUUUUCAUCAAGAUUGUCUCUCCAGAGAAUACAUUGUUACCACACAUCUUCACUACGCAAAAUUUGACAGAGAGCCCUCAAUAUUGACAGACUGCAUCAAUAGUGCACCGACUCCUCAUACGACUACAGAUUACUUUUUACCAUCGGAUACGUCUGAAAUCAUGGAUUAUAAAAAAAUUCAAAAUCCUGUCGGCAAACCUAUUACUUUCAAUGCGAAAGCUAAUUCGAAAAUCAUGAUGAAUUGCCAACAAUACACAGAGGAAACAAUUAGCAGCACCAAAAAGACGACCACAAAAACAAUGGCAAGACUAUACAUAACGUAUGAGGAUAUAAUCUUGGACACGCUAUUUCUAGACCGUUGUACGGACGAAGGAAUAUACAUAAACAGAGUCGAUAAGAACGCCGUUGAUGAUUACAAAUUUACCCUUGUAUUUAAAAGGAAUAACUUUUGGGGAAAAUGUUAUAAAACGCACAUUUUUUUGGAAUCCGAUGAUUUUAAAGCGAGAGUUCGAAUUCUUCGAACCGACCCUUAUUACGUCAGUUGCCCAAAGACAAAGGAUUGGACUAGCAACGAGGCCUUAAAAGUGGAAAAACCUAUUUGGUUAAUUGAAGACAACUAGCCAGGUUUAUACACUUUCCCGAACAUCUGAAGUUCUCGUCUGAAUAAGGAUA